CCUCAUCCUUCCACCCGUAUCUUUGUGCAUGCCACCGUCCGAAGCGGACGACACGCGUUUCACGCGCCGGCGCCAUGCAUCAUCUCGUUGUCAUUGCUUCGCCAUUCAACAAUCCCAUCCUCAUCGCCCUCGUCCGCUCCACUGCCUUGUUAUAUAUCAUCGCUGACUCCAGAUAUCCCAUCCCUCCGUUUCCCUACAACCCCUCUGAUCCAAUCUGGAUGCCUACACCGCCCUCCACGCCCCACCCGCCAACGGCGCCGCCAUCCCUCCCUCGCGUGAAGAAUGGGAUCACGCGCGCCUCGACGCCGUCCUUUCCCCCACGCCGGGCCAGUGAACCAGCACCCGCCACACCCAGGAGCGCCUCAUCUUCUCACUCCAACUCCCGUUCAGCUUGCCUGCCACCACUCAGUGGAUGGAUGCUCGCAUCAGCCAGGCACACCCCGGGCAAGCCGCACAGCCCGCAUACAAUCGAGAGUGUCGAGCUGCCGCCUCACGUGUUGAAGUUUAUUCAGAGAGGAUUUGGAAUGCGUGUCGUCAGGAAGGACGGGGGCGGUGUGUGGGUCCUCAGCAACGCCGAGUGCAAGCGACUACUCGCCAGGGCGCGCUUGCGAGAUGCCCAGAAGGAGGAGGAGCGGACCUUGGCCGCCCAACGGCGACUGGAGGGCAUACAGCUCCGCACGCCUCCUGCCACCGCGCCGCGGACUCUACCGUCACCCACGACGACGUCGCCGCCAGCAGCACGCUGCCCCGUGCGCGUCACGCGCAGUCAAAGCAAGAGCAAGCCGUACGAUCGCGCCAUCGAGGCAUAAGCCUCGGCCCUAUACCUGGCAGAGCCGGCCAUCAGCAGUUAGCAUACCCUCACAAUAUACCGCGUUGUCUGUAUUUGUCAUUGUUCCGUGCAUUAGUUGUGGUGAUGAAAUCCCUGCA